CCUUCCACCGACUUAAGCAAAAAUCGCAGAGAUUUUCUGAAGUUGGCGCGAACAGAGAGUUACAGAAGAAAGAUGGGUUGGGUGUGGAGGGACGACGAAGAAGGCGACAGCAAUUCUUCGGCGCUUGACAUAAACCCUAGAUCGGAUGGCGAGCGAUGCUCGACGAGAAAGGUGGUGAAGACGCAGUGCAAGACUGAGGAGGUGGAGCCUGGAAAGUUCAUGCGGAAGUGCGAGAAGACUGAGCAGCUUCUCAGGGACUGCGCCGGCCGGCCUGUUGAAGUGGUGCAAUCCAACAAAGAGUACACAGAAGAUGACGUCACUGACGAGAUGCUCAAACGGUCUGUCACCUUUGGGUCAUCACAGCAUGGAGCGUUUGACUUCCCAGGGUUACGAAGUGACAUUGAAGACAUUGAACGCAACUUUAUGGGUGGCCUCAACCGAUUCUUUGAAGCAGCGGAGGAGUUGAAGAGUGGCUUCUUCAGUGCUUUUGGGACUCCACACAUCUUUGAUGAGGGACCUUCCUGCCCACUACCAUCUAGGAGGCGAGAGGUGCCCAUUGAAGGUCAUCGUCAGCAGGAAGCUUUUCCUAAAGCAAGUGACGGCGACUCAGGACAAGUUGAUCUGUCUGGGUUGGCGAGAGAUGUUUGAAGAAGAGGUGUCCAUUGUCCGUGAUGUGUUUGAAGAAUGACUACAUCCGUUUCCCUGUUAGUAUCGUAUUUUCCCUUUCUCCUUAAUAUAGAAUACAACUUGAAAUUUCUCGUUUAUAGUAGAGAAGAUCCUAUGAAGGAUUGUGUCCUGCAAGCCCAUCUAAAGAAUAAUGUGUUCAUCUUUAUAAAGCAAUGGUUUUGCUAA